AUGGAGGAAUCACACUGUAUACAAGUGAAUGGCAUGCAAUUCUCAUACGAUUACAAAACCCCUUUAUUCUUCGAUUUCAACCUCAAUAUCUCUGCCGGAUCUCGAUGUCUCCUUGUUGGCGCCAAUGGAUCUGGGAAGACGACUCUGCUGAGGAUAUUGGCGGGGAAGCAUAUGGUGGGAGGGAGAGAUGUGGUCAAAGUACUGAAUUUUUCGGCUUUUCACGAUACGAAUCUUGUUUGCAAUGGGGACUUGGCGUACUUGGGGGAAUCUUGGAGUAAAGCUGUUGGUUCUGCUGGAGAAUUGCCGCUCCAAGGAGACUUCUCUGCUGAACAUAUGAUAUUUGGAGUUGAAGGGGUUGAUCCUAUUAGGCGAGAGAAGUUGAUCGAACUGCUUGAUAUUGAUCUGCAGUGGCGUAUGCACAAGGUUUCUGAUGGUCAGCGACGUCGAGUCCAGAUCUGCAUGGGUCUUCUUCAUCCUUAUAAGGUUCUUCUGCUAGAUGAGGUCACUGUUGAUCUAGAUGUAGUAGCUAGGAUGGAUUUGCUGGAAUUUUUCAGGGAAGAGUGUGAGAAGAGAGGAGCAACAAUUGUUUAUGCAACCCACAUUUUCGAUGGGCUGGAAACAUGGGCAACUGACCUCGUCUAUGUUCAAGAAGGUGUAUUGAAGAGGUCAGAGAAGCUGUCCGAAGUUAAAGAACUGAAGGAUUUGCCUAAUUUGCUUUCUGUGGUCGAGUCUUGGCUUCGAUCUCAGACCAAGAUUGAGAAGAACCCCAUUAAUCCUACACCACAAAUCAAAAAAUCCUCUCCAUUCGAUACCUCUCCUUUUAGAUCUUCGAGGCACAUGGCAUAUUACCGUUGA